AAUAUUUGAUAUAAGGCCAAAAUAAAAUGAUUUGGAUGUUGACAUAUAAGUAACAAAAAAAUUCGAGUGCCUAAUAAAACUUGAAAUUGAUGCUUUACACCCUCUCCCGACUCUUCUCAUUUGAAAACCAACCACGCAACAAUCAAACUCCGUCUUAACUUAAUGAAGUAAGCGCGAUUUCUGAAAAUGGAAAGAAUCCGCAAAAUCCUACUAGUUGUGCUGAGCGUGUCAGCGGCGGUGGCGGUGGUGGAAUCAGCGAUAGGGGUGAACUGGGGCUCCAUUGCGCUCCACCGCCUCUCGCCCGAUACAGUUGUGGAUCUUUUGAAGGACAACAAGAUUGAAAGAGUAAAGCUGUUUGAUGCCGACCCAGACUCGCUCAAGGCAUUAAUGGGCAGUGGGAUCCAAGUCAUGGUUGGGAUCCCUAACGAAAUGCUCGCGCUCCUUAGCUCCUCUACCUCUGCCUCUGAUUUGUGGGUUUCUCAAAAUGUCUCCAAAUAUAUGGUUAAAGGCGGUGUUGAUAUCAAGUACGUUGCAGUUGGAAACGAGCCAUUCCUGACUAGUUACUCGGGUCAAUUCCAAUCUUAUGUUGUGCCUACUAUGGUGAAUUUACAACAGUCUCUGGCUAAAGCAAAUCUUGCUAGCAUGGUAAAGUUGGUUGUCCCAUGCAAUGCUGAUGCCUAUGAAUCUAAUCUACCAUCACAAGGAGCCUUUCGACCAGAGCUGACACAAAUAAUGACGCAGAUUGUUUCUUUCCUCAACUCUAAUGGUUCGCCUUUCAUAGUGAAUAUAUACCCCUUCCUUAGCCUGUAUGGGAACUCCGAUUUUCCUCAAGAUUAUGCAUUCUUCGAGGGUACAACACAUCCUGUGGUGGAUGGACCAAAUACCUACUACAAUGCAUUUGAUGGUAAUUUUGACACACUAGUUGCAGCGCUCAGUAAAUUAGGUUAUCCUCAAAUGCCGAUUGUUAUAGGGGAGGUGGGUUGGCCAACAGAUGGUGCCUCUGGGGCAAAUCUCACUGCAGCGAGGGUUUUCAACCAGGGACUUGUUAAGAAUGUUUUGUCGAAUAAGGGAACUCCUCUAAGGCCAGGUGUCCCGCCUAUGGACGUCUAUCUUUUCAGUCUUCUUGAUGAGGGGGCCAAGAGUACCCUACCCGGGAACUUUGAGAGGCACUGGGGCAUAUUCUCGUUUGAUGGACAGGCCAAGUACCGACUGAAUCUUGGUAAUGGAUAUUUGAAAAACGCAAAAGAGGUUAAGUAUCUUCCUUCCAGGUGGUGCGUUGCAAAUCCUAACCGGGAUCUUUCUACCGUGGCUAGCCACUUCAAGCUUGCUUGUAAUUAUGCUGAUUGCACGACGCUCAGCUAUGGAGGAUCCUGCAACAAUAUUGGUGAGAAGGGGAAUAUAUCAUAUGCUUUCAAUAGCUAUUAUCAGUUGCAGAAGCAGAAUCCUCAGAGCUGUGAGUUUGAUGGGCUCGGGAUGAUCACUAUGUUGGAUCCUUCGAUUGGUGACUGCAGAUUUCUUGUUGGUGUUACGGAUGGGAAAUCUUUAGGCUUUAGAUUGGAUGGUGGAUGGACUGUAUUCUUGUUAAUUGCUUUUUGGGCGUCUCGCGUGAUUUUCAUGUGACUCGAGGUUUCGAAGUGGGGUUUUCAGGGUUCCCUCUUCUGAAACUGUCCCGGUUAGAGAAAGAAGAAGAAACGAUACUGCACAUAAAUAUCACUACAGAUGUAUUAGUUAGAAGAUUGGUUCGGGUUAGUAUGGUUAUUUGUUGAGUUGUGAGAGAGUAUUGAGCUUCUGUACCAUUAUAUUUAUUGAAGAUUUCUAUUUGAUUUGAUACUAUAUUCUUGUAA